AUAAUAAAAAUAAAUGUAGUUUUAUUGUAUUACGACAUGAGAUAAAUAAAACAACAAUACGUUCAUACGAAUUAGCUUUUAUUAUCCAUAUGGCUAUUAUUAGCAUGGGUUUCAUUCACGGUGUUUUCGCUAUAACGAUGUCAUUUUGUCCGGAGAAAUUCGAAGACGAUCUUAGUUUGAACUUUGAAGAACCUAUGGACAAGUGCGACAAUCCAGAACAUGGCAUUAUAAAACUUAAUAACAUUGAUCUGAAAGUACUAAACGAUAAUUUUAUUGAAAGUGCCAACGUGCGAUCCAUCAAUCUCGAAAACAACUCUAUCAUUGAUAUCUCUCCGGAUGCUUUCAAAGGUGUUCCAAAUUUGAUCUGUCUCAAUCUUGGACAGAACAAUGCAAUCAAUAUAUUCAACAAAUUUUUAAAUUAUUUUUACCACCCUUCAUUAGUGAAACUAAACUUACAUCGAGCUUCUGAAAAAAAUAUUAUGUCCGAUUAUAAAAAUCUACGUUCAUAUCGUGACACUGCAUUAGAAAGUUUCCUACCUCAUGUCACACAUUUGGAUAUUAGCGGAAAUAAUUUAGAAUAUUUACCUAAGUAUCUCAAAUAUUCAUUUCCCCGUUUAACGCAUCUUUAUUUGUCGGAUAAUGGAUUGUACAGAUUGUACGAUAUUCCUGCGUCAACACGAGUUAUAUAUCUUGAAAGAAAUUUUUAUAAUAUUGAAGCGUCGUAUUUUCCAAAAAAUAUUUCUGCUUUAUUUCUUAAUGAGAAUACUAUAAGCAAUUAUAUUAGCGACUUUCCUAACCUUAAUACAUUGUCUAUUCGUAACUGCAAGAAUAAUUAUAUGGAGAUUUUCCGAAUUCGAAAUUGUGAAAAUCUUGUUGAUUUGGAUAUGUCAUCAAAUAAAAUUAAAUCUAUUUAUGAAGAUGACUUUAAAACAUUGAAAUCUUUGCAACGUCUUUCUUUAGAUAAUAAUACUCUUUCAUCCUUAUCUUUUUUGACCCAUUUGUCUUCUCUCACAGAUCUGUCCAUAGCAUAUAAUAAUUUAACCAAUAUUACGUCGGAUUCUUUUGCAAAUCUUCGGAUUUUGAAAACACUAAAUUUGCGUGGAAAUCGUAUUUCGAUAAUUUCGAAAAAUGUUUUCUUGAGUUUGAAUAUGUUAGAAAAACUUGAUCUUGCGGAAAAUAAACUAACUACUCUUCCUGAUACAUGGAUGAAUACUUUGACAGGACUGCGCUAUCUUAAUUUACAAUCGAAUUUCUUUACUAGCAUCGAAAACAUGUCAAUAUAUGGUUAUUCAAAUUUAAAUCACUUAUUUGUGCGUAACAACAGUUUUAUGCAGAUAGAAAUGAAGAGUUUGGAGAGAUUACCUUCAUCUGUUGUCAUUUAUCUGUUCUGUUCUUAUAAGUUAUUAGAGACUAUAUUAAUGGAUUUUUUUCAUGAUACUAUAAUUAUUGAACUUCAUUAUUUAUACGAGGAUCUUCGUAAGCAUAUUGUUAGUGAACAAUUUUGGAUAGGUACGAAAAAAUUUAGUUUGCUAUAUGAAGCAUGUUUAAAACUUAACAUCAAAAUGUUUCAAGAUACGAAUAUCAUGAAAAAGCAAACAGUACGUGUCACAUAUAAUAUUUUAAUUUAUCUAACUAUAUUCGCAAUCGGAUCGUUGAAGAUAAGUUAUGCCAAUCGAUUAGCUUUGGAUAGCAAUGAAAUAUAUAAGAGAGACGUAAGACAGAAGAAAGAAUUAGCAUUGCAUAUAAAUACGACGGAGGAUUCAGAUACGGAGGAGUAUAUCUUGGAAAUAGAUUGCGAGAGAUUCAAUGUAUCGUUCAAUUUUUCAAGUACAAUUAUAAAAGUAUUAGGAAAAGACUUCGUUAAUACUCCGUUCAUAACAUGUUUGAACUUUGAUGGAAAUCAAAUAGAAUCGGUCGAAUCUGGUGCUUUUGAUAAUCUACCAUCUUUAGAAUAUCUAAAUAUGGGAAGAAACUACAUUCCCUCUUUAUUUUCCUUUAACGGUCAUGAUAAUAUAAAAAUAUUGGUACUGGCAGGUCAAUCGACAUUUCAUUAUAAUAUGAACUUGGAAAUUAUCGGAGAAUAUCCCGAGCUUCGUUAUUUAGAUUUAAGUAGUAAUAAAAUAUCAUCGAUCGAAUGGCCCGUAAGUCAUCAGAACUCGUAUAAUCGAAUUAAUCGAAAAUCACCAUUUCCUAAAUUAAAGCAUUUAGAUUUAUCUCAUAAUAAUCUUGAUCAAUUUUACAAUUACUAUGAUAAUUUUAUACUAUUCAACCAAAACAUAACGCAUCUCAAUCUGAGCAAUAAUAAUUUUGUAAACCUCGAUCUACGUUAUUUUACGAAUUUAAUUGAAUUAAGAUUAGAUAAUAAUAACAUAAAGGGUAUCAGAGAAUAUUGUUAUAAUAUAUAUAUGUGUAUAAGUGAAAUGCCAAGAUUAAAAUAUUUUUCUGUAUCCAAUAACCAAAUAAACAGUUUAGAUCAGUUAAUUUUUAAGAAAACAACUGAAUUAGUUACUUUGAAUCUUUCGAAUAACCAAUUAAGAGAUAUUUCACCAGAAGUCUUCUAUGGCUUAAGUUCAUUAAAAAACUUAUAUUUAAAUAAUAACGCAUUAUCUUCAAUUAAUAGUUUAAGUCGCUUGUCAAACUUAUCCGUUUUAUCUGUAUCUUAUAAUAAUAUCCGGGAAAUAGACUCUGAAGAUAUAAGCAACGCUUGGAUUUUAAAAAAAUUGUAUUUAGAUCAUAAUAAAAUUGAAAGUAUUCAUGAAAGUACAUUUUCUGAAUUGAAAUCAUUAGAGGAACUAUAUUUAGAAAGUAAUAAUUUAGCUAAAUUACCGGUCGGAUGGGCUAACAAUUUAAGAAAUCUACGUUAUCUCAAUUUGUCGAAUAACAAAUUUAUAUUUUUGGAAUCUUUAUCGCUAAUCCAAUCUCUGCCUGUAAUAAGGAUAGACUUAAUGAACAAUAACUUCAUUCAUAUGAAAGCUGAAGCAUUGCGAAAUUUACCUGAAAAUGCGACCAUAUACUUGAUUUCACAGUCGGAAGACAAUGAAUUAUCUAAAGAGGAUUUAUAAAUAACUAAAAUAUAAAAUAAUGUAUAUUUCUUCGAGUUCAUGUAUGUAUAAGUUUAUGUCUUUUGGGUAUAAGAUAUAAUUUGAUAAUUAUAAUAAAAAUAAAUGUAGUCUUAUUGUAUUACGACAUGAGAUAAAUAAAACAACAAUACGUUCAUA